AGUCGCACUUGUGCAAAGUGAAGUGACUACAAAAGUACAAAAUCGCUUCGAGCUGCGACACGUCAACACUACAUACAAGUGUCAUAAACGAAACCGCGUCACAAUAUUACUGCGGCGUUGCGGAAACAUCGCAGACAUGGCGUCAGCCGGCGCUGUUAUCACUGUCCUAUUAUGCGCUGUUAUCACGGACUCGGUGCUGUCCAAUAAGGCGCGAAACGUUCUAAUACUUCUUGCGGACGACGGCGGGUUCGAGCUCGGCGCAUAUCUCAAUAAGAUUUGCCAAACGCCGAACAUCGACGCGCUCGUGCGGCGCGGCGUCGUCUUCAACAACGCCUUCACAUCCGUCAGCAGUUGCUCUCCUAGUCGUGCCGCUCUGUUGACUGGUACUCCGAGCCAUCAGAAUGGGAUGUACGGCCUGCAUCACGGUGUUCACCACUUCAACUCCUUCGACAAUAUCACCAGCUUGCCGAACAAGUUGCGAGAUAACGGCAUCUACACCGGGAUAAUUGGGAAAAAGCAUGUAGGACCUGCUGAUGUGUACCGCUUCGACUUCGAACAAACGGAACAAAAUAACGACAUUAACCAAGUCGGGCGCAACAUCACACACAUCAAACUCCUCGCGCGAGAGUUCCUCGCUGAAGCCAACAAGCAGAACAAGUCUUUCUUCCUGUAUGUGGGCUUCCACGACCCGCACCGCUGCGGCCACAGCCACCCCGAGUGGGGCCCGUUCUGCGAGCGGUUCGGCUCCGGCGAGCGCGGCGCCGGCCUCAUCCCCGACUGGGCGCCGUGGUACUACCGGUGGGACGAGGUGCAGGUGCCGUACCACGUGCAGGAUACGGAAGCAGCUCGGAGAGAUAUCGCGGCGCAAUACACCACCAUGUCGCGCUUGGAUCAAGGUGUCGCUCUGGUGCUCAAGGAGCUAGAAGCGGCCGGCCACCAGGACGACACGCUGGUGAUGUACACGUCGGACAACGGCAUACCGUUCCCGUCGGGCCGCACCAACCUGUACGACGCCGGCCUGCGCGAGCCGCUCGUCGUGGUGUCGCCCGAGCCGGGCGCGCGCAGGAACGAGGCCUCCGGCGCUCUGGUCAGCUUGCUGGACGUCGCGCCCACUGUGCUCGACUGGUUCGGGAUCAAACACGAACAGGAGAUGAGUAACGAAAUAACAUCUCACGACGACGAUAAGCCGAAAAGUUUCUUGCCUAUAUUAUCAAAAGAGCCCGCGCCCAGCGAGCACGAGGCGGUGUUCGCGUCGCAGACGCACCACGAGGUGACCAUGUACUACCCCAUGCGCGCCGUGCGCACGCGCCGCUACAAGCUCGUGCACAACCUGCACUUCGCCAUGCCCUUCCCCAUAGACCAGGACCUUUACCUGUCGCCCACUUUCCAGGACAUCUUGAACCGCACCCGCAGCAAGCAGCCGCUGCCGUGGUACAAGACGCUCAAGCAGUACUACUUCCGCCCGCAGUGGGAGCUCUACGACGUUCGCGCCGAUCCACUGGAACUCAAAAACUUGCACGGCAAGCCGUCCCUCGCGCAGACGGAGGCGUCGCUGCGCGCGCGGCUGGCGCAGUGGCAGCGCCGCACGCGCGACCCCUGGCGGUGCGCGCCCGGCGCCGUGCUGGAGCGCCAGCAGUGCCGCGCGCUCGACAACGGCCUCGACUGACCGACAACUAUCAUAAUCAUCUUAUAGUUCCACCAGAGUUUGACCCACCGCGCUGCCGCUAUGGCCGGCGUAGGGUUAAUUAAUUAAAACAACACUAACAAAUGUUAAUGAUAGUGACCAGGACUGACGGCUUAACGAGCUCUCCGAAGCGCGGGGGCGAUGGGGUGCAGUGUUACAGUUACAGUUACCAACACAUCGGCUAACCAGUGCACCUACGAGGAAGUGCCAACUACUGCACGGCGCUUACAGGUAACACGGCGACAAACAAAUAAACAUGUGGCUGAGGAGCUGUGGCGUGAGAUUACUGAAUGUGACAUCGCCUCUGUCGCGUCCUCUGCUGUAAUCUCAUUGGUGAUGUCACCUCUGUCGCGUCCUCUGCUGUAAUCUCAUUGGUGAUGUCACAUCUGUCGCGUCCUCUGCUGUAAUCUCAUUGGUGAUGUCACAUCUGUCGCGUCCUCUGCUGUAAUCUCAUUGGUGACACCUUUGUCUCGGAAGAAUCAACUCAUCAGGCAUACUCGCACCAGAGUAAAAAGAAAUACUCGUACUGUGACACUUCUGUGAUGUGCAAUUUAAAUCUCAAUAUCAUUAUUUUAUAAUUAUUUUUUUUAUAAAAUUAGUUUUAUAAAUUUUAUUUUACCUUUUUACAUUACAAUAGACGUACCUUAAAGGUGUAAGUUUACAAAGCUGUUGAAUAAUUUUUCAUAAUUUUUAAUAAAACACAAGUUAUUAAAACUAAAUUAUUUAAUUUUAGGAAAUUAAUAAACAUUGUUAUAAUGAUUA